AUUAUUAAUGUGUUUGUGUAAAGAGUAGACAGGGUUGGAAAGAAGAAUUAGUGUUAAAAUUAUUUGUAAAAAAAAUAAAACAAAAAAGUGUAUCAUUUUCCUUUCAAUUUCUUGUAAAUUUGUCCAGCAAAUUUGCCAAUACAAUAGAGCGUCUCGUAUCAACCAAUACACUAUGAACCAUGCCAACUACAUGGAAGGUGUUCCUGUUAAGAUAGCAGAAAAAUAUAAACCACCACCUGAAAUCUACAAACUACCCCAGUCAUUAGUAAACAAAUUGAAUUUACCAGAAAAUUUUUACAAGGAUUCGCCACAAUAUCAAUAUGAUUUGCAGCUGGAACACAAGGCUUUGUCAAAGAUAGGUGAAUGGAAGCGAAUACGUCAGCGUAAUAAAAAUGCUCGAAUCGAACGUAAAGCCAAACGGGAACUGCAACGACAAGAAGACGAAAAACGACAAAGAAAUUUGCUUAUGUGUGUCUCAUAUCCCAGUGCCGAUGAGUUGUCUUCGUCUGGCAGCGAAACGGAGGUCGAUCCGGUGGAAUCGGGAAAUGUGAAGACCAACGAAACCACAGCCACUGUUGCCGAAUGCUUUCCGGAAAUAUGUGUGACCAAGUCGGUCAACAGCUUCCACAAUAUAUUGCAACCUACAGUAUUGUCCAAUUAUAAUAGUCCAACUAGCAAUACCAAUAAUAGUAUAACCAGCAAUGUCAACUCCUUAGUUCAGUCAUCGUUGUCGUCAUCAUUUAAUUACAAAGAUUUCGAAGAUGACACAUCCUCGCCAUUCGAUAACAUAGAAUUGAAGACCAUCAAUGAUUUGGACGUUUUGGCCCAAGUGCUGCAUAAUACUCAAUUGAAAUCAUCAUCAGAAGCGGUGGAAAGCAAUGGACAAGAUGUGGCCACAACGGACACAAACGCUCCCGACGUUGCCGGAGAACAUGAAGAAAACACACAGUCGGUGACUGGUGGACAACCGAAUGUUCAAGCCGAUAUGUUCCUUAGUGAAAACAUUCCAAGAAAACCCACAACAUAUUUACCAAAAUUUAGCUAUGACCUUGGUAAUUUGAACUCUGCUCAGGAAGCCCAAAAUAAACUUAACGAUUAUAGCAAUGCUGCGGCGUUAAACUAUAAUAAUAUCAACGGUGUGCUAUCGUCUCAGCAACAUCAGCAAAUAACUGGUCUCGAACAUCAGCCGAUACAUUACCAUACCGUGCAUGCAUUUGGAAAUGUGGGCUAUAACUAUAACAGCAUACAUCCACAGCAUGUGAAUGUGUAUGCUUUGCAGGGGACGAAUGCUGGUCAGUCUAUGGAUUUGGCAACACAACAGGAUAGCAACAAGUGGAAAAGUGUUCCCGAUAUUCUUAAGGAGCUUAGGGAUGAGAUACGUAACUCAGAAUUGAGACGUACCAGGAAUUGUAGCCACAAUUUGGAUAAUAAUACGCCUGUGGCAAAUCAUGAAAACAAGGCAACGAAUGUGGUUGUUGAGGAGGACCUCUUUGCUAAAUUGGAUUCCAAUGCCAAAAAACUGGCCGAACAAAUUAGUUGUAUGGGUUUUCCCAAAUCUCGGGUAGCUAGGGUAGUUCAAUUGCUGGGGGCCGAUGACAAGAAGAUAAUCGAACAUCUGAUACCCCUAAGCGAACUGGCCGAUUUGGGUUUUGAUGAAACUAAAAUAUCCGAAGCUUUAUUACGCAAUGAGAAUAAUAAAAAUAAAGCACUAGACGAAUUAAUUUCAUAGUUCAGCAGAAAAUUCUUGUGAUCAUAUACUCUUGAUAAACAAAAAAGAAAAA